AAGACCUGACACAUGAGAGAGAGAAAGCUCAGAAUACUUUAGAUGCCGUUGGGGUUUUUCUGUGUGAAAGUGACAACCCAAUCAUGGCAACACGCAGCAUUUCAGGCUGGUUUCUCCUCUGUCUACUUUCAGCCAGUGAAUGCAGUCACGUCAUUGGUAUUGAGGGUCAGAAUAUCACUCUGCCAUUUAAAUAUGAUGCCAAAUCUCAUGGUCUACAAUACAUAUGCUGGGGGAAAGGAAUCAUACCGAGUACUGGUGGUUGUAACAAUGAAAUCAUCUCAACUGAUGGACCUGAAGUGACAAGUAGAUCUUCAGUCAGGUAUCAGUUAUUGGGUGAGCUGAAGACGGGGGAUGUCUCUCUAACCAUCUCCAAUACCACAGAGAAAGACUCUGGAAUUUAUGGAUGUCGAGUGCAAUACCCUGGAUGGUUCAAUGAUGAGAAAUAUAACGUCAGGUUGACCAUUGAGAAAGCACCUGUCCCAACGACAUUCCAGACAUCUGCCAAUGUGACCAUAACCCCACAGAUCAUUGACAACCACACACACGGUCAUGUGACCACAAUAUCUACUGAGUAUUCGUACACAUCCACGCUACAUUACAGCAAAUCAGAAUCAGAGACGGGAGGUCACAAGCUGGCUGUGAUCCUGGUGUCCAUUCUGCUGGUUCUGACAGGUGUGGGGAUUGUGUGUGUACUUGUCACGAGAAAGCGAUGGGAAAAAAUUGCCACGGUACUCCAAAUACCACAGCACUCUGGCGGCUCGGUCCUGUACAUAAACUCAGUGUCCAGCUUGGCACUGCACACUCGAGAGACGGCCGUAGAGAACGUCUAUCAAAUAGAGGACAACGAGAGAGAGAACUACGAGGAACUGCCCUGACGAAGCAUGGACACUUCACCACCACGCUCAUGCUGUUGACACUGUGCAGUGUGCAUAGUGCAGUGGCUCUGUGUUACAAGCCUGAGGCUGACUUAUAGGCCAAUGAUUCAGUUGGACAAGACAAACGUUACUACAGAAUCAGUAGUGUUCUGCUGAUAAGUGAAGCAACACAGUUGAUUUGUUAUUGAAAGGUUUGUUUGAUGAAAAGGGCUUACUAAUAUGGCUCCCUGUGUGUAUUCAGCACUAACAAUGUAUGUUUCAAUUGAUUACGAUGACUGGAUUAUUUUUGAUGUAAUAGCCUAAAAGCGACAAAAAAAAUAUCAUCAGCUUUAAUGCCUGAUGCAAUGAAAAGCAGUAACUUUGCAGAAAGUGAGAUAUCGCUUCCUGAAUGAGCUGUUUCUAUCCUCGUCACCAUGACAUUUAGCUACACCCAUCUGCAACAUCCCCCAGGCAUACAAAGGCAGCUAAGUUGAAAAGUCUCACAUAAUCACAGCAUUAUUCAGAAAUGGUGUUCUUUACCCAACUUUGCGGUGUUACUGUCUCGUUCAAACCCAACCUGUUGCAUGACAAUAAAAACUCUAACUUGAAACUCUAA